CGGCCCGGCUAGCGCCCUGUGGCCUGGUGGGCGUUGCUGGGCCGCCGGGGGGAAGGGAAGACCAGUGUGGCGGAUGUGUGAAAAGUGUGCAAGGUUUUCACGGAAGGCCUGGGGAAGGGAAUAGGCAUAACUUGAAAAGAGGCAUAACUCGAAAAGUAGACAUUUGCGACGGAAAUGAGGUACAAAAUCGUGUAAUUCACUAAAUCUAUCACCACAAAAACAUGUACCACGUCAGAAAAUCGUUGGUUGGGUGAAACGGUAAAUUGUCCCUUUUUUUUAUUUACUUUGGGUUAUUCCAACAAGCUGACAAGGUAUAGGUGGAAAAUGAGGUUAAUCUAGCUAACAACUGCUUCUAAUAUACCAAAAAAAUAGCAUGGGUACUGCAUAGGAUACUUCUUUUGCUUCACAUUUGUGAAGGUUUUAGUUACUGGUCGUCCCAAUUUACUGCGUAAACGGCUUGAUUAUGUGGGGGUGCCUUGAAAAUUUCUGAGUCUAGUGUUGUUGUAUGACACAAGGGCUCUGUGGGCAGACUGAGCCUCUUAGCUGCCAGUACUACACCACAGAAACUAGUUCCUAAGUCAGUAAUAUCCAGAACGUGCAUGGAUUAUAACGAUUUCAGACAAAAAAUGGUCUUUUAAGAGUUCUAUGUUAUUUUCUUCUAUAUAUUAAAGCAACUACUGCCACAGCUAUUUGUAUUUUCUGAUUUUAAAGGAAUCCAUUCGUGAAAUUUUACUACGCGAGGGUGUUUCAGCAGCGGCACCUAAUGGUGGGUUCCUGAAGUUAGUUGUUUUCAAGCCGCCAUAAUGGAUGGAAGGCCCGACACUCUCACGCCCUCAAAAUAUCAGUCUACUUCAUCUCUCGCUGCUUGAUAAAAGUGAAUUGGAGACGGUAGCCAAGGCGUUGUCAUCUGGAUGCUUGACGCUCACUGAUUCUGGACAUCUAGAAAUCAGUAAUAAUCCUGGGCCGUCCACCAGCACCUGUGGCAGCUCCCCCCAGCUCACCCUAGCUCAGGGAAAUGUUCGGCCAGUCACACAGGUUUCUGGGAGAGGAGGGCUGGCCAACAGUAAGCCCUCACCCCCUCCUGUGGUGUCAGGUCUACAGCGAGACACCUCCCAGGUGACCACACUGACAGAGUUGGGCAAGAAACUGCUGGAGGCUGCCAAAGUGGGUGAUACCAGUCAAGUGAGAAGACUGAUGGCCAUAGGAGCACCAUUUGCAUCAGAUGGACCAAUUGGAAACAGUCCAUUGCACUUGGCCGCACAAAAUGGUCAUUAUGAGACCUGUGAUCGACUCCUGAGUGCCGGGAUGAACAAAGAUGCUCGCAAUAAGGUUGACAAGACUCCCUUGCACCUGGCAGCUACGGAAGGGCACACAGAUAUUGUACACUUACUACUCAGGAGUGGAGUCAACGUUAACGCCUGUGAUAUGUUAAGAAUGACAGCCUUACACUGGGCUUGUGAUAGAGGGCACACCUCAAUAGUGCGUCUCCUGUUGCGGUACAAAGCUCAAACAUAUUUAGCAAACAAAUUUUCUAAGACUCCACUACAUCUUGCCAUUGAAAAUCGACAUGAUACCAUCACCAUGAUACUUCAGGAUGGCAUUUCUUUUAAAACAGAAAAUGAAGAACAAGAGGAUGAGAGAAGUGUAGAAGAGGAAGAAUUAGCCCAAGGGGAAACUAUCUUUGGGUUAUCAAACAUCCCAAUUGUCUGUAAAACUGAAGAAGUUCAUACAGAAGAGUCGUUAGUAGAGGAAGUUUGUGAGAGCACAGACGAUCAGCAUAUAAUUGACAAUGAAAAAGGUAUACCAACCGUUGAGAGUGAGCUGCCACACUCCAUUAUGGAUGAUGAUUUGGAAGAUCAGAAUAUAGCAGUGCUUGCAACUCUAGCAGAACUAGCACAAGCAACAAAAUCUACUGACCAUUCUGUGGAAAUGUCAAAUGCAGCUGCCCUGGAGCUUUUGAAGGCACAGGCUGCUCUACUGCCCCUGGAUGACUCAUCCACACUGGUGACCUCAGCAGUGGCUCAUGGCCAAACACUUCACCUCACUGAGGCCGGGAGACAGGCCCUCAAACUUAUCAAACCAGAGCUGCCGUUGUUUCCAAGCAGCACACUGCCCAAGGAAAAGAAUCCAGAGGAGGAGCAGAACAAGUCUGGCGCCAACUCAGACACAAGCAGCAGAGGCCACACACUCUCAUUGUCACCCAUUGCUCUGCCUCCACCUCCUCCACGCUCACCUCCACCACCAGUGCCAUUGUUGACCCUCUCCUCCUCAGCCUCCUCCACAGCCUCGAAACCAUCACCACAGUCAUCAUCAUUGUCAUCCUCAUCAUUAACAUCAUCUUUACUCUCGUCUUCAUCUCUAAUAUCAGUUCCAGUUCCUUCAGUAUCAUCAUUGCCAUCUUCAUCAUCAUCAUUACCAGCAACAUCAAUAUUAUCAUCGUCAUCAUCAACAUCAAAAUUAUCAUCAUCAUCAUUACCAUCAUCAUCAUCAGCUUCGUGCUUGUCUGUUACAUCGCCAUCACAUUUAACUGAAGUAAAAGAGGAUCAAGAUGUUACGCAAGUUAUCACGUUGACCCCAGAACAGUAUGCAGCUUUAACUAAUGGCAGCAGUGGUCCAGUCAUAUUGCAGAUAUUACCCUCAGAUGCCACAGAAGACAUGGGUGAAAUUUAUACAAACCCGAGUCCACCUGCUGCCAAGCGGCAGAGAAUUGUACACCUGGUUACAAGUAUACCUGGAACCUCUAGCCAACAAGUGACAGUGGCAAAAGUUAUAGGACAGCAUGGCUUUGACAACGAGGCAAAAACAUAGGCAGUUUCUGCCAUCUUGGCGCACCAGUAAGACGCUUCCUCUCACUGCUGUGAGCUUUAAACCUCUCGCGCCAUGUGGCCUUUCAGAAAUACAUACUUUUUACCAGCUUACUGAGUAAAUUGUGGGAUUUUUUGUGGAGGGGAGGUGGUGGUAAAAGUCUCCCCUCGAGCCUCACCUCAUCCAGACUCUGAACACUGCUGACUGAGAUGUCUCCGUGACACAGGCAUUGAGGGAUCAUAGCCACCAAGGGAAACCUCCAAGUCAUGAAAGAGAUACACAAGAAGAGCAGCAGCCAUGGCACUGAUUGGUGGAGUCGGGCUUCCUUGUAAUGAACAUGUAUGUAUCAUGAAGCAAUUUAGGUGGAAGGGUCAACUCUCAAGGGAAAAGGAAGAUAUAAUUCAUGGAGAAAGGUCAGGUCUCAUUGAGAAAGAGGGAAGAAGGUUGGGUUAGCAACCAUCUCAAAUUACCCCGUUACAAAUCUGUGGGAAGGUAAUCUGUAAUAGGAAGGUAAACUGUGAUGACCUGAAUGCCAUACUGGCCUUGUGUCCUGUUAUAAUGGGUUCUUACCACCAUAUGUUCAAGGGCUAAUGUUAUAAAGAUGAACACUGAGGCCAUGUGCAGCCAAGUACAUGCCCCAAACUUUACCUUCCUCUCCUUCAGCGUUAUGUAUCCCUUCACCCCAUGCAUUACUAAAUGAAAAAAAUGUGCACCAUAUGCUCACCUCGCCAUUCCAAACAUUACAACUAACUGCCACAAGUGCAAAUUUAUUGUCAUGGUGUCCCCAAAUGCCCUUCACCAAUGCCAACACUUGCUUGUCUGCCUCCCUAGUCACUGCCAAGGUAUUAUCUUUAUGGAAUGAUAUCCAGGUGAAGUUGGAGGAGGAUGAGCACUUGAUAACUCAGUUUACUGCCAGCAAGUGUUAGCUUAAUUGUUGUAGGAAGAAGGCUGGCCUCCAAGACUUCAGGAAUCUAGCUUAAGUGAACAGACUAUAGCACUGUUCACCUUGAUGGAAAUUCGUUAUAGUCUACUAUAGUCGGUUCACCCGAAUCUGAAGUGAGCAUUACCGCGCAACGGCAGGCUGCAGCCACACGGCGUGUCCGAUUUCGUGGACACUGUGUGCUAGCCUAUGCAUAGUAAACAGUCGUCAGUGUCAAUAAUAUGCAGGCAGCAAUAACAAAUACCGUCAAUUAAAGUCAAUUAUGAGUUAAAAAAUAUUAGUAAUGUUGCAAACAGCUGUUUUGUUAAUUUACUAGAUCGCUGAUUAUGAUUAUCAAACAGCCUUGAAGAUGUCCACCACCGAAAAAAAUGAGCAUGCUAUGAGCAGCUAUUUACGACAUUACUAAUAUUUUUAAAACUUGUAAUCAACUAUAAUUGAUGGUAUUUGUCAUUGCUGCCUGCACAUUAUUGACAGUGACGACUGUUUACUAUGUGUAGGCUAGCAUACAGUAUAAUAAUAAUAAUAAUAAUAAUAAUAAUAAUAAUAAAUGGUUUAUUCAUUUGUAGGCAGCCAUAAGGCUGAAAAUACACAAAAAUACCAUACAAUGAGUUUCAUGUGGUGAGUAAUGGGGGAAGUGGGGAAGGGUGAUGUGUGUGUGUGUGUUGGGGUGGAGGGGUCAUGUGAUCAUGGAGGUGUUAAUGACCCUCACAAGCGUUGGUAUCGCACUAAGCCGAUAUCUGUUUGUGCGAGUUUUGACCGGGACGAGAAUAUUAUGGGUCUAGUGGGUGGGAGUAGAUCUCUAUGACGGGGGUUGUGAAGGAGGGACUUGCCGAAUUUGGUUAGGUUUGUCUGGUAUCGGUCCUGUAGGGUGGGCAUAUUCAGCUGGGUGAGUGCAUUCUCGUAGUUAGUGUAAGCACUGCCCAGAAUCUGACUGCAAGCAUGCCUUUGCACUCUCUCUAAUUGGCAUUGCUGGGUCUUGUUGAUGGAGGAAGCCCAAGCAGGAGAGGCAUAGAGGAGUCUGGGGAGGAUGAAGGUGGUGUACAGGUCCUUGAGCAUCCUUUGGGGGGACAUGCCAUGUGGCUGCAGCUUGCCAUUGUGCGAUAAUGCACGCUUCAGAAUCGGGGGAACCGACUAUAACACAUUGCCUUCCAGCUUUGACCAGCUCUGCAUUGAUGUUGAUGUCUUCAGUGCUUGGUUGGCAGGUCAGUGUUAAUUCAUUGAAAUAACCCUUGGCAUCCUCAUGACAUGUAUCUCCUUGUUUCUUGUCAGGAGAGCUCUAGUCUUAUGCAACAGGUCCCUAUAUUGGUCCUGAUUCCCAGCAAUCCUGGCAGUUCAACACUUCUUGAUAGUCUCCAAUUUUAUUUAUUUAUUUAUUUUUUUACAGCUAAGGAGACCGUUCAAGGGUGUAAAAAAAAAUACAAAAAAAAGCCCGCUACUUACUGCUCCUGAAUGGAGGUCAAAGGAGUGGCCGAAAAGAGAGGUCAAAUUUGGGAGGAGAGGUGUCCUGAUACCCUCCUCUUGAAAGAGUUCAAGUCGGCAGGAGGAAAUACAGAUGAAGGAAGAUCAUUCCAGAGUUUAAAAGCGUGAGGGAUGAAAGAGUGAAGAUGCUGGUUGACUCUUGCAUAAAGGGUUUGGACAGUAUAGGGAUGAGCAUGAGUAGAAAGUUGUGUGCAGUGGGGCCAUAGGAGGGGAGGAGGCAUGCAAUUAGCAAGUUCAGAAGAGCAGUCAGCAUGAAAAUAUCGAUAGAAGAUAGAGAGGCAACAUGGCAGCGGAAUUUAAGAGGUAGAAGACUAUCAAUAUGAGGAGGAGAGCUGAUGAGGCGAAGAGCCUUUGACUCUACUCUGUCACGUAGAGCUGUGUGAGUGGAUGCAUACUCCAUACGAGGGCAGACAAGGCCCCUAUAAAUGGCUAGCAACUGUGCGGGGGAGAAGAACUGGCGGAGACGGUACAGAUGUUCCCCUGAGGCAAAAUUGCACCUUGACCUUGGGUGUACUCCAAUGCACCCUUUUGCAGCUUUGAGUUUCAUAUUUCAAAGCAUCCCACAGUUAAACAGGGUGACAAGCAUUUUGCAAAGAGGUAAGAUUGCCAUUGCAUACCCUGAAGAAUGUCACCAGUGCAGUGAUGCAGUGGUUAGCAUUCCUCUACAAAUCUGCAGACCAAGCCAAGUUUGAAUCCCAGCCUGGACAAUCGGCAUGCAGUCCACUCAGCUGUUCAUCUUUCCUUUCGGGCUGGUGGGGAAACCUGAGGACAGUAAACUGUGCUAGCCUAGAUAUUACACUGGCCCUGUGUCAGGUUAAGGUUUCUCCUACCAUAGGCUCAAAGGGCUAAAGAGACAGAUGAGCACUGCUACCACGCGCAGCUAUAGCGUAUGCUCCCAGCCUUACCUUAUGAUACUUCCCUAUUUGUAUGUACCAAUGGAGGUUGAGACAGAUGCUUUUAAAUCUAACAUAUUUUUUACAUUGAACGCUAUUUCUAGCCGUUUAUGAAAUUUUUUUUGUUCUUGCCAGUGACAUGGUGAUGUGGCAUAUUGGGAGCUUCGUUAUUUACAUUGUUCUUGUGUGAUGCCAUCAGUCAUGUCAUGCUGGCCACAGGUGAGUUACCUCGUACUGUGAUAAAUAGGUGGGUAAUGAAAAAGCAAAUUACUCUUAUUGAAUUUUUUUUCAUUAUUCUGUACAUUUAUAUUAUUUUUUACAGGUGAUGCACAUAUGCUUGCAAAGAAUAAAUAAUCUGUAGGCCAGUAGUUUUGUGAUAGAUAUGAAGGGGUUAUGUUUUUAUUGUUGAACUUUAGUGUUGUUAUUUGUUAAUUCCCUGUUGUAAAUUUUAUUAUAUAAAUCAUUAAAGAAGAGAAUUGUUAUCAACUUAAAGUUUAAGACCAAAGAUAACUAUUGUGGAUCAAAUCCAAAUUUGCAAUGCUUAGGAGGGAAUGAAUUUAGGUCAAAACAAAAGCACUCGCCUCACCUGCCAAUAGUUGCAGUGCCAGUCGUGCCUUAUCAUGCUCCGGCAAUAUUCUAUCACACAGUGUGUAUGAUUUCAUGGAGAAUAUUUGAUUACGCAUAAGAAACAGUUGUCAUCAUCAAUAGUAUGCAGGUAGCAAUGAUGAAUACUACAAAUUGUAGUUGAUUUUGUUUCAAAUUUUAAUGCUGCAGACAGCUGUUAAUUUAUAAGGUCACUGAUUCUAGUUAAUAAAUAGCCCUGGUGCUGUCUCUGUCGAGAAAAGUAUAACCGAACCACUGCAUUAAUAAUAAUUUACAACUCAAAAUCAACUAUAAAUGACAGCAUUUGUCACUGCUGUAGCAUAUUGAUAUUGACAACCAUUUCCUAUUCUUAGGCUAUCGUAUAUUAUCCACGAUAUUGGACACGGUGUGACAGAAGGCUGUCAGAGCAUGAUAAUGCACAUCUUAGACUCCAGCGCUGCAGCUAUAGUCCUAAAGGCUGUUCAGUGAGUGGUGGACUGACACAUCAGACACAAAUGUAGUGCUUAUUAACAUCAAGCAGUAAAUGUGGAAGGGUCUGGUGUUCAGUCCAUGAGCUUGUGAUCCUUAGGGUUAAUGACAACAGGUGAGGCAAUAGCACUUUUGUUGAAUACAUUGUAGCUGCUGAAUGCUAUUUUUGCAUACAUUAUUCAUGACUACAUUGUAGCUGCUGAAUGCUAUGUUUGCAUACAUUAUUCACAAGGUUACAGAUAAUUAUUUACUCACACAUGGCAUAAAUGCAUAGCAUGUGGAAUGGAAACCUAUUACUGUAGCUUUUGCAGACAUGUCAUGCUGUUAUUAUAAACCUCCAGUGUUGGAAGUAUAUAUGCUGCUCAGUGAGUAUUUUCGAGAAAAUGCUAACUGCUGAUGGUCCCAUACAUGAUUUAUGUGAAGAGCAAAGGUGUAAUGAGAAAUUAUAUUAAAAUAAACUAUUAAGUAGAAUUUUAUAAUGUGUAGCAAAUAACUUGAAAAUGAGUGUAAUUAACAUUUUGUAAUUUUCAAUAAAUAAUACAUAUGCCUAGCAAAUGAGCAAGGUGCUUGACAAA